AUGAUCCGACCCACCUUCGUUGGAGCCAUAGACCAGGGCACCACAAGCUCUCGGUUCCUCAUCUUCAACCAGAGGGGCGAGGUGGUUGCCACGCAUCAGUUAGAGUUUCAGCAGCACUAUCCUCAUCCUGGAUGGCAUGAGCAUGACCCCGAAGAGCUUGUUUCGUCUGUAGAGACUUGCGUGGAUGGCGCUGUUGUUGAGUUUGAGAAGCAGGGUCACAACCGCGAACAGAUUGUUGCCGUUGGCAUCACUAACCAGCGUGAGACCACCGUCGUCUGGGACAAGACGACGGGCAAGGCGCUGCACAAUGCCAUUGUCUGGACCGAUGCUCGAUCCCAGGAGCUGGUUCGCAAGCUGAAGCACCGUAUUGGAGCCAGCGAGCUCAUCAGCCGAUGUGGUCUCCCCCUAUCAACGUACCCUUCCGUUAGCAAGCUGUUGUGGCUCCUUGAGAAUGUGACCGAGGUCAAGGAGGCAUAUGAGCGUGGAACUCUUGCGUUUGGCACAGUCGACUCCUGGUUGACGUAUAAGCUGAACGGUGCAACAGCCCGCAACAUCCACGUCACAGAUCCUUCCAACGCCUCACGGACCAUGUUUAUGAACCUCGAGUCGCUUGACUACGACGCUGAUCUCAUUGACUGGUUCCGCAUUGACCGAAGCAAGGUCAACCUUCCCAAGAUUGUGCCCUCCUCAGACACUGAGGCGUACGGCUCUCUGGCAACCACUUCGCUCAAGGGCACUAAAAUCACCGGAUGCUUGGGCGAUCAGUCCGCCGCAUUGGUUGGCCAGAAGGGUUUUACCGCCGGUCUCGCCAAGAACACUUAUGGCACUGGUUGUUUCUUGCUGUACAACGUAGGCCCCAAGCCCGUCAUUUCGACACACGGUCUCCUGACCACGGUUGCCUUUGAUUUUGGCGAGGGUAAGAGAAUGUAUGCCCUCGAGGGUAGUAUUGCCGUGGCUGGAUCCAGUGUCAAAUUCUUGGUUGACAACUUUGGCUUCAUCGAGUCGUCAUCCAAGCUUAGUGCUCUUGCCGAAGAGGUCGAGGACAAUGGAGGCUGCACUUUCGUCACUGCUUUCAGCGGUCUCUUUGCCCCUUACUGGAUCGACGAUGCCCGAGGAACCAUCUUUGGCAUCACCGCCUACACUCAGCGUGGCCACAUUGCUCGCGCCACGCUCGAGGCCACAUGCUUCCAGACACAAGCCAUCCUCCGAGCCAUGGAGAAGGACAGCGGAAAGCCGCUGACUGAACUCCUCGUCGAUGGUGGCAUGUGCAACUCAGAUCUGAUCAUGCAGACUCAAUCUGAUUUCACUGGUAUCACCGUCAACAGACCAGGAAUGCGCGAAACCACGGCGCUGGGUGCCGCCAUCGCGGCUGGGUUGGCAAUGGGUGUUUGGAACAGCUUCGAGGACCUUGAGAACGUAAACAACGAGGGCCGCACCUUUUUCAAGCCUCAGAUCUCAGAGAAGGAGGCGAGCAAGCGGUUUGCUCGAUGGGAGAAGGCGGUUCAGAUGAGCAAGGGCUGGUUGAACGACGAGUAA